CGUUCCGUGCGUCCGUGUGGUUGGAUGGUCUUGGCAUCAAUCAAACGAACCAACCACCAACACCAGAGAAAACCGGAUUGGGCGCACCUUUGGCUCCCGGGGCAAUCCACACACGCACACAUCCACCAAAAACAGAAACAAGGACAUGGCAUGCGCAAGCACUUCACCGCAUCACUCUUUGUAGACAUCGAAUGAACCAAAACGCGCACAACCCCAUUCCUACAGCUGCAAYCCCGGGAGAUUGGUUGGGCCUCUGAAGACACAGAAGAUGGCUUCGGGCUGGAGGAGGUGCCACCGGAGGCGGGCGGUAGUCUUUGUGCUGGCAGUCUGCCUGCUGGAAGGCUUGUUUGCGCACUCCUCCAUCGAUUGGGACCGGUCCACCCCCGGUGGCGCCGGCGAAGGCAGGGGCAACCGGAGGGGCUUCUCGCUCCGCAGGAGGCGCACGACGGAGGCCGCUGCACAGCCCUCGAAGCGCAUCGUCCACGGCGUCGACGUCUCCGGGCCCCGCAUGGUGGGUGGAUCCGACGCCACCAACGCGUACCCCUUCUUUCUCCUCUGGGGCGGCUGCGGCGCGACGCUGAUCCACAACGACAUCGCCCUGAGCGCGGGGCACUGCUCGAGAAAGGAUCGGGCCCAGGUCGGCCCGACGCAUCGGACCGAUACGUCCAAUGCCUGGACGGGGGUGUCCCAGAUCCGGACCCACCCCCUGUACGAUCCGCAGAGCCUCGACUACGACUUUGCGGUCCUCAAGCUCGGGGGGUGGUUCCAGAACGAGAGGGUCAGGCUCAACACCAACGGCGACGCCCCCUACGAGGGCGAGUCCCUCACGGUGCUGGGCUUUGGUGGCCAGUCCUCGACGCUCAAGGAGGGAAGGGUGGCAUCCAUCGGCUCCGAGCUGUGCCGGGACCAGUGGCGGCUGGCAGGCUAUUCCAUCGACGCAUCCGCGUCCGUCUGCACGGUCUCCGACCAGGGGGUGAGCCCCUGCUCCGGGGACUCCGGGGGGCCCCUGCUGACGGCCUCCAACACCCAGGUGGGGGUCAUCUCGUCGGGGUCCGACUGCGACGGCCGGCUGCCGGCGGUCUAUUCCCGCGUCAGCGUGGCGAGCGACUGGAUCGCGCAGCAGAUCUGCGAGCUCUCCGACUUUCCCCCACAGGAGUGCCGAGGGCCCUUUGGCAACGAGCGGUAUGUCGGGGCAGAAAUCCUGCGGAUCGACAUCCACCUCGACGAGUACCCCCGGGACAUACGGUGGAGGAUCACGACGGGCGAGGGCGCAAGGGAGGUCGCCAGCAGCGGGGAGUUUGYGAUACCCAACAGCACCGAGAGCCGCUUCGUAUACCUGCCGAUCGAUGYCUACUACGAAUUCACGAUAGAGGACGUCGGUGGCUUUGGGGACGGCCUGGGCUCCAGGGGGAACUACAAGGUGGUAACCGUGGACAGCAGGGGGAACGACAGGGACACGCUGGUUUCGGGGGGAGGCAACUUUCAGAAAUCCAAAACCACGGCGUUUCUGGUCGGCAACGCACCGGCGACGGAGCCCCCGGUGCCGUCGCCGUCGCCAUCGCCCACCGCGUCUCCGACGCCGCAGCCAACGAAGCUCCCCACCGAUGGUCCAACGGGGGCACCCACGACGGACCCACAAACGGACCCACCGACGCCGGUACCCACCGGGACCCCGACCCCGGCGCCCACCGGGACCCCGACCCCGGCGCCCACCGCGGAGCCGGUGGCAACACCGACGGGGUCGCCCACCGCGAUACCGACGGGAUCGCCCUCGGCAGCAACCGAGCCGCCGAGCACCCUUGAUCCAACGGGCGUGCCCACCGGGGCGCCCUCCGUAGCUACCCCGGGUCCGACCCUUUCUCCCACGGAGGCGCCCACGYUGUUGGCCACGGAAAAUCCAACGGGAAUGCCUACCAUCCCUCCAGCGACGCCCGAGCCGACACCCGAGCCCACUCCGGAACCCACGGGGGAUCCGACCCUCCAGCCAACGGUCUUGGCAACACCGGAUUCCACKCCCGAGCCGACCCCGGAACCCACGGAGAACGCGACGCCCGGGCCGACAGGAGGGCUCGUGGGCGAAGACGACAACGAYGACGCKGUGGCGACGGCGGUGCCCGACGGCGACGCGUUCGUCCUGCGGAAACGGUCCCUGCGGUUCCCCCGGGGUGCCGCACCGGUGGUCGCGUACAUGGGAUUCGUAAACGUUACGAUCCUGGAAAAGCCGGAAGAGGUGAGCUGGAGGAUCGUGGAUUCCGUUUCGAAGGAACAAUUCUAUGGAUACCCCGCCGGAAACUACAAGGAGGCGACGGCUUCCUCGCUCAACCUGAUCCACAUGCACACGGGGUUGUGGGAACUCUUGCUGCACCGCGAAUCGGUAGACACAGCGGUUACGGCAGAAAUCGGUACCAUCCAUACAAUCACGGGGGCUGUGGAGCCGCUCGGAAAGCUGGGCUUUGCCCCCGGCAGCACGAAUCUUUCCGCGAGUGCCACAUUUUCGUUAGACUAGUUGAAUGAUGACAAACAAAUCAUAACAAUGCAGUAAUGCAAUUGUAAUAUUAGCAAAGACGUCACAGCAUGAAUUGCCAUUACCGAUCUUUCAAGACGAUAUUGUUUUGCAAUGGUCGUGCAACAAAUCCAAAACAAGCACGACUUGCUCAGAUCUUUGCUAGUGACUAUAGUGCAUGGUACAUCAACUCCCAUUCACAGUUCGUUACGAAUCGYUGAUUACCCCAAAAAAGUCCUUAUUAGUAGUACUCCUGUUAGUGUAUCACGCCUAAUAAAUAUGCGGUCCUCAUCUUUCAUAAAAGUAUCCAUGUCAAAACAAUCUCAGAGGAGGAAGUCACAUAACUUUUUUCAAGUCGCUCACCUCAUAAGGAAUCUACCCGACUUUCUUACAACUACCCUGAAUAGAUAAACUUUUGAAGA